CAUACAACAAGAAACAGAAAGGGCUCCAGUUGCGUUCCCUCCAUUUCAAAAGGAUCAUCCCCAAACAACGUCCACGUCACAGAGAAAGCAAAACAACAUACUGCGAAGCACGGCGAAACAGAACAAACACAGCGACUGUUGUAGACGAUGUGUCCGGGCACAAYGAAUGUAAUGGUUUCUAAAUCCUCCUCGCAUUCCGGUGGAACCAAACGGCAGGAAAAAGUGGAGAACGAUGCUGGCGURCACUAUUCCUUGGGGCAGCAUGCCCAGUAUCUGCAACUCGCUUCCGAAGUCGUGGCUCAGUCUGGCAACCGAUAUUGGUUCUGUGACUGGACGCCGAAUUUUGUGUCUCUCUCCCACCAGAAUCGCUUGAUGACAAACGUUGUCAAGGAAUACUGCCAGCCGCUCCGACAGCACGACCUAGAGGACCAGUUUAUUGGCACAGCAACCCUCUCCCCGAUGAGAAGAGAACCCCCGGCGGUGAGGACCGUUACGAUUCGAUUGCGACCGGACUGCGACCACAUAAAGGUGUACGGAGCUCUCAACGAAGCGUUUGCCGUACUCCAUCCGAAACACCACACAAUAUUGAAAAAUUCCGACAAUUGCUUCCAAGCCAUYGGAGCGGAUGGCAACACGCCCCUUCUCUUGAGUGCGCAGCUCGUUACCAACAGAGACCCGACGCGACUGGAACGUUGCCUGCUCCUAAGAUUCUUUCACGUCGAGCAGGUCCACCUGUUUGAAGAGGAACUGAAAAAGAUUGGUGGCGUCAAGAACAAAAUGACGGCGCUAAAAGAGGUGCAAACCCCCCUCAACAAUAAACUGGGAGAGGCGUGCGCAAUGCUGCAGAAUCUGAAUCGAAAGGAGGAGCUGGUUCGGAUUUUGGAAAAUGAACAGGAAACACUUGUGGCCGAAGCGAGAAAACGGCGCAGGCGAAUGAGCGACCGGAUGACCAACGCCACCAACGGGAUCGAAUCGUCUGUUCUCUACGACAUUCCUAGCCCCAAAAAUUCUACCCGAGAAAGCUCGCGCUAUUUUAUGGAAAAUCUCACGCCAUCGCCGUCGGUGAAGGACGCAAAUUUUCAGAAAGUGGCCGUCUUUCCCUCGCUGUCGGGUAAGCUCUCCUCUAGUUGCUGGUUUGUUGUAUUUUAACGUUUUUUUGGURUGGUGAUAUCAUUUGGUCUUUUUUCUUGCACAAUACGAUUGCGCUGCUCACAUUGYUCCRUUCUCGAUACUGCCACACACUGCUACUAGAUGCCGAUUACGACGUGCUGCAAGAGACCUGGCCGCUUUUGGAACGAAUCUGGAGUGAACUAGAAUUGGCCAAGUGCACUUUUAAUACCUUGGUCGAUGAAACGUCACGCUUUGGAAUGCGUCCCUGUCAGCCAUCACUAGACAAAGAUUACUGCAUCCAGUUGUUCCAAGUCAGUCAGCAACGAAUGCUCGAAGGCUUGCGAGACGAGCUGGACAAGUCCGAAAACAAUCUCCACGACAACCUUGGCGAUUAUUCCGAGUUUGAACAGCAGCUUUCGCGCAUAUUGAUAAAAACCUACGGCAUCCCACUCGACAAAAACCUCUUCGAUCGACGGGACCACACCUCGGAUUCCUUGGAUCUUGGUCAAACCCCCGUUUCGUUGCCGCAACGACACAUGGGGGAAUUCCCGUGGGAGUUUGACAAAAUCAAGCUCGCACUCCAGGACGUGACCCACACGAUAACCAGUGUCUGUAUGGAACAAGARUACGAUCCCGUAACCCAUAGCCUGCAGAUCUGCAAGCGAUCGGUGGAACACGUGUUUACCACGAUCGAAGAAGCCAACACCUCGGAUCAACGGAACUUUCUAGAGAAGCGAAAUCGCCAGGCGAUGAUCCGGGUCACCCARCAAAAGCUGUAUCUAAAGGAUCUGGUUCAAAACAGGUUGUCGAAUGCGCCACGGGUGUGGGGAGAAUUGCCAAAGCUGGAGGACGCCGUAAGGCGUUGGCGGGAGAUUGCCGCACAGGCGAGCAACAAGGACGAAGCCCGCCUCGGGAGCAACUGGGGAGCGGGCAACAGCGGCGGCGGUGGCUUGAAGAMAGCCUUUGAGAUUCCGCUUCUAGAAUUUGCCACCAAGUUUGGUACCGUGUGCGUCACACAAAAUACACUGAUUUUGCUCUCCGAGAUGCCCUUUUUUGARAGCGUGAAGGCCUUUCAGAUCAACAAAGUGGAAUUGGUAGCCACACCCAAUCAUCCGCUCCACAAAGUAAGCAUUAUGCGACACGGAAAGCGGCUGCUCGGCCUKUCGCCGACCUCGRUGGAUCCGUGUUACGUUGUGAAAUUUGCGAUGAUUCUCAAGGACCUUCAAAAAUAAGYACGCGUAUCCUCGUAAAUUGAAAAAUAAACAAAAAAGACGACC